ACUCCCCUUCUUUCUUACCCGAAGAGAGAGAAAUAAAGAAGAGAGAGAAUCUCCGUCCCUUCCUCUCUUUCUCUCUCUCUCCUGCACGUUAUAAGCGUUCUCCUCUUUAUCGCCCAUCCCCUUUCAGACUUUUUAGCCCCAAUGAGUUUGCUUCGCUUCGUUGGUUCAUAGAUUCGCUAAAGCAAAAGCCCUCACCACACCAAUCAACCAAUCAAAAUGGAGCUGGUGGGGAAAGUCGUUAGGAAAGAGAUCCAAGGGGUCGGGCUUUGCUCAGGGACGGUUCGAUCUCGCGACGAUUCGUCUGGACUCUUCGAGAUCGUUUACGAGAAUGGCGUCACGGAGAUCUCGGAACCAGCUGAGGUCGCUGCUCUCCUGACGACGACGGGAGAAGAAGGUGAAUCCCAGCAGCCUCGAGGGGAGGGUGUUGUCGAUUUGAAUUGUGGUUUUGUGGAAACCCUAGGAGGAGGUGUGGAUUUGAAUACGACUGUGGUGCUGGGAUCGGAAAACGGGUUUGAUGUCACUACUGGGUUGGAUUUGAAUUUGAAUGAGGGUUUAGGGUUGGUUGAUGUGAGUAUCGAUUACGAGGAGGAGUGUAGUGAUAAGAGGAGGGGGUUUAUUGAUCUGAACAUGGAUGCGAGCUGUGAUUUGGACAAUGCGCACAAGAGGGAGGGAGGAUUUGAUUUGAACCUGGAGGUUAACGUUGAGAACAUGCAGAAGGAUGAUCUUGAGAGUGGAGAAUGUAAAGAAGUUCAUGUUGCUGAAGUGUCCAGCGUUCAGCUUCUGGAGGAGAUAGGGAAACAGAACGGUGUUUCUCUGCAGGAGAUCAACACUCCUGAUUCUAAUGUAGCUGAGCGGGAGCAUGAUAAGUCUCUCUCUGAUAGGGAAAUGUCGGAUGGAUAUACAAGGGGUAAGAGGAAAAGAAGAAAAGGCUCGGAGAAGCCGGAGUUCACGAGUCAGCCUCGGUUGAGAAGAAGCGCUCGCAGAAUGUCAGCUCGAUUCACUGUUGCAGCUUCUUUAGCUGAUCAAGUGUCCCCUUCUCCGUCGGUUAGUAGUCUGACAGACGAGAAAACUUGGAUCGUUGAUGAAAAGCCUGAGGAUAUUUCUGUGCUUCCGCCAAAGCCACAGUUACCUCCAUCCUCGCAUGUUUUGAAUUUAGAUGGUCUUCCCGUACUUAAGGUUUUCACUGCUUACUCUUGCCUGAGGUCCUUCAGUACGUUGCUGUUUUUGAGUCCCUUUGAGUUGAAGGAUUUUGUGGAAGCGCUGAGGUGCAUGUCUCCUAGUAUGUUACUUGAUAGCAUCCAUGUUUCGGUCUUGCAACUAUUAAAAAAACGUUUGAAACAACUCGGUGAUGAAGGUGACCGGUCUGCGUCUGCUUGCCUGAGGAGUCUUGAUUGGGAUACGUUGGAUGUGGUUAAUUAUCCCCUUUUUGUGGUCGAAUACCUGCUAUUUUAUGGGUCUAAGGACGACCCCGGAGUGGAUCUAGCUCGAUUUAAAUAUUUGAGAAACGAGUAUUUCAGACAGCCCAUGAAUCUGAAAAUUGAUAUACUUAGCCGUUUGUGUGAUGAUAUGACAGAUGCUGAAAUUGUAAAAUCAGAGCUUGAUAAAAGAUCUUUUGCAGCUGAGUCUGAAAUCGAAACUGACAGGAAGACAAAUACAGAAGUGAGACGCAGAAAGCGAACUAUGAUGGAGCUGGCAGAUGAUCUGUCUUUGAAUGAUGAAGUUAUUGAUCUCUCGUUUGACCGGAACAGUGACUACUGUUGUCUUUGUAAAAUUGAUGGGAACUUACUUUGCUGUGAUGGUUGUCCGGCUGCCUAUCAUUCUAAGUGUGUCGGUGUUGCCAGUGACCUUUUGCCUGAGGGUGACUGGUACUGUCCUGAAUGUGCAUUUGAUCGGCUUGUACCAGGAUUAAAGCCUGAAAAGCAAAUUCGAGGAGCAGAGUUCUUAGAGAUUGAUCCCCAUGGCCGAAGAUACUACAGCAGUUGUGGCUACUUACUGGUGAUAGAUACGGACGACUCAGGCUCAGUGAACUACUACCAUAUGAAUGAUGUGAUCCUUGUAUUGGAGCAGCUCAAGUCAUGCGGUCGUUUCUAUCUUGACGUAAUAAAUGCAAUUAAAAAGCACUGCAAUAUCCCUGCUGGGCUGAAAAGGACAAUCAGCGGUGUGAAUUCACAAAUAUCCGCUUGCUUGGAUAAAUCAGCCAAAGGAAUGGUUUCUUCUAUUGAUGGGUUCAAGGCUUCUUUACCAGCUCCAGAAAAACAGCCAACAUCUGGAGUUAGAAAAAGGCUAGACGAAGCAUCUAGCAAUGGAGGUCCACAUAAUCAUUUUCGUAGGACUCGUCGGAAGAUAUCAGAUUCAGCUACUGGACUAGAUAUCCAUAAUUUGAGUUCCGAAGGCUCUGCUGAAACUGUACAAAAUGGUUUGGAUGUCAUGAAGGAGCCAAAUCUGAAUAUCCAUGCAUCUUCCCAUGAUUUGGCUAGAAUGAACACAAGGAAAGGAAUUAGACAGAAUGUGCAGAGCGAAACAGGCUACCGGAACCAGUACAUAUUUGCUCAAAUGACUACAGCAAUUUCUGAAGAGCUGGCGCGUAAGUCAUUUAGCCGUACCAGUGAUAUGCGAUCUGAUGAAGAGAUAACUUCUACCCAGGUGAAGACUAUAUUGAUGAAAACCACUAAAUUUCAAUGGCGAAACAUCCAAGGCCUCUACCUAGAUGCGUGGAAAGAAAAAUGUGGAUGGUGUCAUUCUUGCAAAUCUGAGGAUGCCGGGAGUGAGACAGAUUGUUUGUUUAACAUGAGUCUCGGGGCUUUACGGAGUCCUUCGGAAACUGAAGUUGCUAACAGUCAACCCAUUGAUGAGAAAAGUCAUCUUAUGGCUAUCAUUUGCCAGAUGUUAUCCAUGGAAAGUCGAUUGCAAGGUCUUUUGGUUGGUCCAUGGUUGAAUCCACAGCACUCGAGAAUUUGGCGUGAACAUAUUCUGAACGCAUCAAGUAUAUCAAGCUUGAGACAUUUAUUAGUUGAAUUAGAGGCAAAUUUGCAUCAUCGUGUCGUUUCACUUCAGUGGCUAAACCAUGUCGAUUCUUCCGUAGAAAUGGGCUCCUCUAGACAUAUUAUCAUAUCAAAGACUGCUAAAAGGCGCGGGACAUUGCUGGAGUCGGGUGUUAACCCUACUGCAAAGAAAAAUGGUGCACUGAGCAUGUGUUGGUGGAGAGGCGGCCGAAUUUCACGGCAACUAUUCAACUGGAAGGUUUUACCUCGCUCUUUGGUCUCGAAGGCUGCUAAACAAGGUGGAAGUAUGAACAUUCCAGGGAUACUGUAUCCUGAGAAUUCAGACCCCGCUAAGAGGAGCCGACGUGUUGCCUGGGAAGCAGCUGUUGAGUCAUCUACGACUUCAGAGCAGCUCGGAUUUCAGGUAAGGACACUCCACUCUUACAUAAACUGGGAUGAUAUUGAAAACAGCCAUCUUCUUCCUCCGUCGGACAAAGAGUCCAAAAAAUCUGCCAGGCUGUUCAAAAAAGCAAUAGUCCGUAGGAAGUGCAUAGAGGAAGAAACUGUGAAAUAUCUCCUUGACUUUGGUAAAAGGAGACAUAUUCCGGAUGUUGUGUUGAAGAAUGGUCGCAUGAUUGAAGAAUCCUCGAGUGAAAGAAAAAAGUUCUGGCUGAAUGAAUCAUAUGUGCCUUUACAUCUUCUGAAAGGAUUUGAAGAGAAAAAAGCUGUACGUAAAACUAGUAAGCCAGGAGGCUCCUUCAGACACUCUGAGAUAGACAAAGUACGGAAAAUAUCCUCAGAGAAAAAAGGAUUCUCAUACCUAUUUGAGAGGGCAGAAAGACCUGAGGUCUCUUUGUGUGAGCAAUGUAAGAAAGAUGUGCCGUUAAGUGAUGCUGCCUGCUGCCACAUCUGCAAAGGACUAUUUCACAAAAAGCAUAUCAGGAAAGCGGAUAAAGAAGGCAAGUACAUCUGUCUUGCAUGCAGAAGUGAAGUGCUAGCAAAAGAACAACCCAUCGCACGUAGAAGAGGGCGGCCCCCAGGGAGUUUCCGUAAAAAAGUUGGAGUUCAGACACAAAAGCAUAAAAAGGUCAUACCUGCUCGCAAAUCAGUUCGGCUAAAGAAGACUAAAACGUCACUGGCAGAGAGAAUUUCUGUUAGGUCAAAGAAUCGUAAAAAGGUUGUUGCAAACAAACCAGUGCGACGUUCGGGCAGGAAACCGAAGCAUGUUGUUCGGCUGCAGGAUGAAAGUCAAGUUUCUGGAGGGGGUAAGAAACGCAAACUGGAAACCAAAAGAGGCAGAGGCAGGCCUAAGAAAGUAAAACAAGAGAUUUCCGUAAGAAACAUGAGAACAGAAAGGAUCUUUAGCUAUUGGUUGAAUGGACUCCGCUUAUCAAGAAAGCCUGAUGAUGAACGGAUCAGUAAGUUCUCGAGAGAUGGAUGUUCUAAACCUUUGGAGAACUCGGAUUCUGACCAAGUUCAACGUCAGUGUCAUUUAUGCGGCUCGAUGGACUCUGAAACCGGAUCAACUUUCAUCGCUUGCGAAAUCUGUGAAAAAUGGUACCAUGGAGAUGCAUGUGGGAUUGACGAGAAGAACUCAAGUAUGGUGAUUGGAUUCCGGUGCCAUCUCUGUCGAGAAAAGCCUUCUCCCACCUGUCCACAUAUGAGAUCUACUACAUCCCCUGUCCCAUCCUAAGCUGUGAAUAUUGAUCAAGUUAGAAAAUCAGAGUAGAGAAGGAGGAAAUGUUUGGUGGGUAGUAUGAAGUUAUGCUUGGCUUGUUACUUGGAUGAGUAGGUACUUGAGUGAAGUGGUCGACUUAGAAUUAGAUUGAACAAAGAAAAAAGGGAUUCAAGAACCAGAGUUAAUUUUAACAUUAAUUUCGAUUUUUCAGAAUGGAGGGAGUUAGUAACAUGUGACUGUAUGUAAAGAAUAUGUUGAACACAUUUUCUACCAAAAACGAUUGGUAUUGGUGUUUAUUAGCUUUACCAAAUGUAAUAUGUACCCUUCUGUCUUCA